AUGAGCCAACCUCAGCCAACCAGCCACCCCAACGGCUACGUUGACCCCAACUUCCCCAACCCCAAUGGCCCCGAGGACGUGUCCAUCAUCAUCUACGGCUUCACGCCCUCCAUCAUCCUUGCCGCCUUGGCUGCCGCCUGGUUCGCCGUGCACCUCGUCCUGCACACCGCCCAGACAGUCCGCUACCGGUCCUGGUGGUUCCUCACCUUCUCCGUCGGCCUCGUCUUUGAGAUUGUCGGCUACUGCGCACGCGCCCUGUCGGCGAAAAAGGACCCGUACCACCUCAUAUACUUUGUGCUCAACUACUUCUUCAUCGUCACCGCGCCCGUGUUCCUCGCCGCCGGCCUCUACACGAUCCUGUCCGUGCUUAUCGGCCGCCUAGGCCGCCGGCAUUCGGUCCUAGCGCCCAAGGUCAUUCUGUGGUUCUUCAUCGUGUCCGAUGUCGUGGCCACGAUUACGCAGGUGGCGGGCGCGGCCCUUGUCGGCUCGCGCGAGUCGAACCGCCAGGAUCCCACAACGGCCAAUAAUAUUUUGCUGGGGGGGGUGGCGUACCAGGUCUUUUCCAUGGGUGUCUACGUCCUUGUCACAGCGGCGUUUCUGGGGCGCGCGCGCCACGACCUGCGACGCGACGGCCUGACUGGCUUUGCGUGGUCGUUUGCGGCGGCGACUCUCCUCGUCUAUCUGCGCACCACCUUUCGUCUGGCGGAGACUGCCGAGGGCCUCUUUGGAAACCUGCAGACUCACGAGGUGUAUUUUGCUUGCCUGGAAUUUGCGCCAGUCGCCUUGGCUGUUUUGCUUGUUGGUUGCUUCCAUCCUGGUCGCUGCAUCAACACAAUCAACACGAUGACUUCCACCACAAAAUCAGCACCGGAAGAUGUGCGCGAUCAUCAUGGGACCAAUCUCCAGACCUUUGCAAACGAAAGGCCGCGGCGUCUGAUGCAGGUACUAGCACAACGCUAA